CAGUGGAAACAGCACGAGGAGAUGAAGAGCAGGUAGCGGGUAUUAAUUGAACUUCCGGCACGGCGCAGGUCGGAGCAGCGGUCCGAGAGGUCUCGGUGUCGGUGUCUCGGGAGGAUGACUCGCUUCAUGUCUUCUUUGCUCUUCACUUCUGGAAUGUUGCUCGGAUUCGUUUCUCUUCGGGUUCUGCUGAGCGCGAGCUCCACAGCCGUGUACUCCAUGAAGCCUGUGGAGCAUCAGUACGGUCGUCACACAGUUCCUCCAGUUAAGAACCAGACCUCUGCAGCUAAUUCUUCUUCCACAACACGGAUCUUGUGCUGGAUCCUGACGGGGCCCAUGUACUUGGAAACCCGAACCAAGCACGUCAAGGCGACAUGGGCCAAGCGCUGCAACAAAGUGCUGUUCAUGAGCUCCAUCAAGACCGACUUCCCCACUGUGGGGCUGAACGUGAGUGAGGGGAGGAAUAACCUGUACUGGAAGACCAUCCGAGCCUUUCAAUACAUCCACCAUCACCACCUGGACGAUGCAGACUGGUUCCUGAAAGCGGACGACGACACGUUCGUGGUGAUAGAGAAUCUACGCUACACCUUGUCCAAAUUUGAAACUGAGAAGCCGUUGUACCUGGGCAGAAGGUUUGCCCCCUUAGUUCGUCAAGGCUACAUGAGUGGAGGAGCAGGUUAUGUCCUCAGUAAGGAAGCACUGAGAAGGUUUGUCAAAGGGUUCGAGACUGGGCAAUGUACCCACUUCUCCACCAUAGAGGACACCGCCCUCGGCAAAUGUAUGGAGACGAUGAAGGUGGAGCUGGCAGACACCAGAGAUGUGAAGGGCAGACAGACAUUUCAUCCCUAUCCUCCAGAAAAGUACCUCCUCAGGCAGCAGCCAAGACCCCGGCCUUGGUAUCUGCUUUACGAGCAUUACCCUCCAAUAGAGGGUCCAGGUUGCUGCUCAGAUUUAGCAGUGUCCUUUCACUACAUCUACGCUGUCCAGAUGUAUGUUCUGGAGUACCUGUCGCACCAUCUGCGCCCAUAUGGAUACAAAUAUAGAUUUAAUCCGGAUGAAAAAACUGAAUUAAUCACCACAACUAAGUCCACAUAAUAUGUUGGUGUGCUCUAACUGGAGGAGGGUAUUAAGCUCAACUUACUCUCACUAACGAUAACUUUCUAAUUUAAGGUCUUAAUUCAACUGUUGAAAUGGUUUUACUAAACGGUUACUGUGUGUGUAAUAAAAAAUUGUGCGUUUGUGUGUGUAUGUUUACAGAUUAUCUAUAUUAGUAUGUGACAAAUCAUAAACAUACUUACAUAAACGUCUCACUCAGCCUGUACAAACGAGCAUAUGUUGAGUGAGAAGUAAAAUAUUCCAACAAUAUGCAGAUAUGUUCAUGGGUUGUCACAUAAAGAUAAUCUGUUAAACAUCGAAAGCAAAGCAGUUGAAUCUCAACUAAUGUGCUUUGGAAAUGUUAAUACUUUAUAAACUAUUUGUAGGUGGUAUUUGUAUUUGUAGUACUCUCCAAAUAAAGUAUUACUGAUGUUUAAAAAACAAAAACAAAGCAGUGUGAACAUUUAGAGAACGACAUGAAUAUGUCUCAAGUUUGUACAAUAAAUAAGAAGCUUUGAAAGGUUUUGCAAAUCUUUAAGAAAUGACAUUAUUUAUUGAAAGAAAAACAAAAGAUUUAUUUUGUUGAACUACCUUGUUCUAAGUUUACUCUUCCUUCUGGCACUUUACAGUGUUAAACAAUGAAACAAA